GAUGUACGCAGUCAACAGCAUGAUCAGCGACUGCUGGACACUUCUCUCCGCAUGUGAUACGUACCAAUCUCCAUCGCCCCACAAUGACAUCACGUGGCUGAGCAGCGCCACGGGGCGAUGCCCCUCGGAAACAACUACUGCUCGCUGUAUAUAAUGCACCCCCUCCUAUGCAUCUACAACACCUAUGUUCUCUGUUCAUCCAGAAGCCGGUUUCACUUCCCCGUCUGGUAUAAUUUCAGAUGAGAAUCCCUUUGAUAAUCCAACACUGUCUUGUUGAAACCAUAAAUAAGUGCUAAGCUCACUAGUCAUACCAUCUAUAUCAUUUAUGUCAUUUGCCCCGCCGCCUGGCCCUCCGACUCCUUCCGUCCCUGAAGGAUGGAAGGCUCAAUUUGAUGACCGCUAUAAUCAGUGGUUCUUCGUAAACCUACGAACUGGUCGAUCACAAUGGGAACGUCCCGAAGGACCGAAUCGAACAGAACCAGAAAUACAUGGACCACCGAGCGAGCCGCCACCGUCUUACGAUGCGUCGGGUCCUGCUGAACCCUCGUCACUGGCUGCUGCAGGUGACAAGAAAACUGUUGAUUCGAGGAUCCCAUACAAGCCACCAGAAUCUGCGCACCAUAAUCUAGAUGAUGAUGCUCGCCUUGCUGCGCAGCUACAGGCAGAGGAGAAUGCCCGAGCUCGUCGCAGGAGCCCUGCGAGCUCUGGCAGUGCUGCGUCUGACUACUACACCGAUGGUUCUCGUAGACAAACUGCCGGAUAUCAGUCAUCGGAACCCCAGUCGCAGAACUCUUCUCCUGGACCGGCUCAGCAGCGCAGCAAAGGGUUCUUCAGCAAGUUAAAAGGAAAAGUCGCCGGUAAUAGCGGUGCGUCAUUCCCUCGGCCGCAGCAACCCGUACCGCAACAGUCUUAUGGCUACCCUCAAGGCGGGUACUACCACGGAGGAGGCGGUGUUGGCGCCGGUUAUGCCCCGCAACAGACAGGGUAUGGUUACCCAUCAUAUCCACCACAGGGUAGCUUUUACCCAACCCAACAACAGCCGCAGCAGCGACGGCAUGGGAUGGGCACCGCGGGGGCUGCAGCUUUAGGUGUCGGUGGUGGACUUCUAGGUGGCAUGCUGCUCGCUGAUGCUGUGGAAGACAUGUCGCACGAUUACGGUCCUCCCCCAGGUGAUUAUGGGGAUGAUUAUGGGGGUGACUUUGGUGGUGGUGAUGACUUCGGUGAUUUCUAAUGCAUCGCUCUUAUUUUCAGCCCAUCUCUGUUUUGAUGUUUUAUGUGCGAACAGGUUUAGAUCUAUUCCCUGGCUGCGCGAGAUGCCCUUAUGAAUAGCUUAUGUGUUAUGAUGAUGUAUACGGUUUGUCGCUCGUGCGUCUUAGAAUUGUGUGGUCCAGCGCGACAGCCGCUCCUCCCGUCACUGGCCCGCACGUACGAUGUAUUUUCCACAGCUCGCCUACAAUUUCACCUCGCGGAUAUUUUGGGUAGAAAUCUCUUGUACUUCAGACCAGAGCAUACAACAAAUUCGAUGUGCCAUGUGGGAAAUCAACGUUUCCGAUCCACAUUCCUAGCCUAAAUGAGUAACCCAAACUGUCUGCUCGUUAGGCGAGUUCCGUGGUAUUUUUUGAAGCUAUAUUGAUAUCUUCCUGACGGUGAGGUUUUCCCUCAAUAACGAU